GUUGAAUAGAGGGGUAAUGAUGAAGAAAACCCUCACCCGCCUCCAAAGCUGACUAUCGUCUUAAAGGGUCCGGAGUUCAAACGCACAACAAAUAAAGAAAGGAAGCUUUUUCUUUCGUUUGCUGUCUCUCUCUUUCUCUUUCUCUUUCACCUCUGGCUUCUGUCUCUCUUCAAUGAAAUCAUCUGAAAUCUUGACCUUGAAGGGCAUGACGGUGGUGUCCGUGCAAGCGUGUCAGCUGAGUCAGUCGACUCAGCCGGGUCUGUGGGACAGCGUACUGGAACUCACCAAGUCGGCUCAGGAACGGAACAGUGAUCCCCUCCUAUGGGCGGUUCAGCUUUCGUCGAUUCUUAACUCCGCUGGGACUUCGCUGCCGUCGCCGGAGCUCGCGCACCUCCUGGUGUCUCAUAUCUGCUGGGCCAACAACGUGCCGAUCACGUGGAAGUUCCUCGAGAAGGCCGUCUCCGGCAGGAUCGCUCCGCCUAUGCUCGUCCUAGCUCUUCUCUCUAGCAGGGUCAUUCCAAAUCGUCGGUUGUAUCCAGCGGCAUAUAGGCUUUACAUGGAACUUCUUAAGCGGCACACCUUUUCAUUUACAUCUGAAAUUAAUGGACCAAAUUAUCAAAAGAUCAUGAAAUCCAUAGAUGAUGUUCUUCAUCUUUCUCAGAUAUUUGGCCUUCAAGUAUGUGAACCUGGGGCUCUUGUAGUUGAAUUCAUUUUUUCAAUAGUGUGGCAGUUGCUUGAUGCAUCAUUAGAUGAUGAAGGGCUGUUGGAACUUGCCCCAGAAAAGAAAUCUAAAUGGCCAACCAGAUCCCAAGAUAUGGAUAUUGAUGGUCAGGAUAGUUUUAAUGAGAAGAGAACUGAUCGCCAAGAGGGACUGUGCAAAGUAAAUACUGUAAUGGCUAUUGAGAUAAUUGGAGAUUUUUUUCAGAAUAAAGUAACUUCCAAGAUCCUUUACUUGGCACGCCGAAACAUGUUCUCACAUUGGGGUAGUUUCAUCCAGCGAUUACGAGUGCUUGCAGCAAACUCAACAGCAUUGAGGAAUUCAAAGCAUAUAUCUCCAGAUGCCCUUUUGCAGUUGACAUCUGAUGCACGUAUAGUCUUGACUCGGGAAUGCAAAACAAGUUUGCAGAAACAGUUUCAUGCAGUUGUGGCUUCAGGAUCUCUAAUAUCUUCUGCUGGUCAAUGUCAUGGGGUUAGUUGGUCUGCCCUUUGGCUUCCGAUUGAUAUGUUUUUGGAGGACACUAUGGAUGAUUCACAAGUGGUGGCUACAAGUGCUGUUGAAACUCUUACUGGUUUAGUAAAGGCUCUUCAGGCAGUUAAUGGGACAUCCUGGCACAAUACAUUUCUAGGUGUAUGGAUUGCAGCUCUACGGCUUGUUCAAAGGGAAAGGGAUCCCAGUGAGGGUCCUGUACCACGGCUUGAUACCUGCUUAUGCAUGUUAUUGUCUAUCACACCAUUGGCAAUUGUCAAUAUCAUUGAGGAAGAGGAGAGCACACUGAUUGAUGAAGCUGGUCGCAGUCCCACCAAUCUAAGGAAAGAGAAACAAAUUUCAGUAAAGCAUCGCAAAGACUUGAUUUCCAGCUUGCAGCUAUUGGGCGAUUAUGAGGGCUUGUUGACUGUACCUCAAUCUCUUAGUUUGGUAGCCAAUCAGGCUGUUGCCAAAGCAAUGAUGUUUGUUUCAGGCGUCACGUCUGGGAGUGGAUACUUGGAUUGCAUGAGCAUGAAUGACUUGCCAAUGAACUGUUCUGGAAACAUGCGGCAUCUGAUUGUUGAGGCUUGUAUUGCUAGAAAUCUGCUGGAUACUUCAGCAUAUUUGUGGCCAGGCUAUGUGAAUGGACGCAGCAACCAACUACCUCGUAGUGUUCCAGGCCCAAUGCCUGGUUGGUCAUCAUUGAUGAAAGGAUCUCCACUAACUCCUCCAAUGAUAAAUGUUUUGGUUUCAACCCCAGCUUCAAGCUUAGCAGAGAUUGAGAAAAUCUAUGAGAUAGCAGUCAAUGGUUCAGAUGAUGAGAAGAUAUCUGCUGCAGCAAUUCUUUGUGGGGCUUCUCUAGUUCGUGGUUGGAAUAUACAGGAACACACUGUUUUUUUCAUUACAAAAUUGCUUUCCCCUCCAGUUCCUGCAGACUAUUCUGGAACAGACAGCCAUUUGAUUGGUUAUGCACCAUUUCUGAAUGUCCUUCUUGUGGGAAUAUCGAGUGUGGAUUGCGUUCAGAUUUACUCCUUACAUGGCUUGGUUCCACAACUGGCAGGUGCAUUGAUGCCCAUCUGUGAGGUUUUUGGGUCAUGUGCACCAAAGGUGUCGUGCACUCUUACAACAGGGGAAGAAAUCUCUUCCCAUCAGGUGUUUUCAAAUGCAUUUAAUCUUCUUCUGAGAUUAUGGAGAUUCAAUCAUCCACCUCUUGAACAUGUGAUGGGAGGAGAUAUACCUCCAGUGGGAUCCCAACUGACUCCUGAGUACCUCCUACUAGUGAGAAACUCCCAGUUGGCAAAUUCUGGGAACACAACCAAAGGUCCAUUCAAGUAUAGGAGGCCAUCAAGAAUUUCAAGUCCAUCUCCAGAACCCAUAUUUAUGGAUUCUUUUCCAAAAUUAAAACUCUGGUACCGGCAGCAUCAAGCAUGUAUUGCUUCAGCCCUCUCUGGUCUUGUACAUGGGACUCCUGUUCAUCAGGUUGUUGAUGCGGUUCUGAAUAUGAUGUUCAGAAAGAUGGGUAGGGGUGGUCAGCCACUGACGCCUACAGCUUCUGGAAGUAGUAAUUCUUCUGGUUCUGGACCUGAGGAUGCCUCUCUUAGACUCAAGCUACCUGCAUGGGACAUUCUGGAAGCUAUUCCCUUUGUUCUUGAUGCAGCUCUCACAGCUUGUGCUCAUGGAAGACUCUCUCCCCGUGAACUGGCUACAGGGCUUAAAGACCUUUCUGAUUUUCUUCCUGCUUCUUUGGCAACCAUUGCAAGUUACUUUUCUGCUGAAGUAACACGCGGUAUUUGGAAACCAGCUUUUAUGAAUGGAACUGAUUGGCCAAGCCCUGCUGCAAAUUUAUCCAUGGUUGAGCAACAAAUAAAGAAAGUCCUGGCUGCAACUGGUGUUGAUGUUCCAAGCCUUGCUGCAGUGGGAAGCUCUCCAGCUACACUUCCUUUACCCUUGGCUGCUUUAGUAAGUCUCACAAUAACCUACAAACUUGAUAGAGCCACGGAACGCCUCCUAACAGUAGUGGGGCCAGCAUUGAACUCGCUUGCAGCAGGUUGCCCUUGGCCAUGUAUGCCCAUCAUAGCUUCUUUAUGGGCCCAGAAGGUAAAGCGUUGGGCUGAUUACCUCAUCUUCUCUGCUUCUCGAACUGUCUUCCAUCACAAAAGUGAUGCUGUAGUUCAGCUUCUCAAGAGCUGCUUCACAUCCACUCUUGGGCUUAAUUCCUCCCCUGUCUCCAGCAAUGGUGGUGUUGGCGCUCUUCUUGGCCAUGGAUUUGGUUCUCAUUAUUCUGGAGGGAUGUCUCCAGUCGCCCCUGGAAUCCUCUAUUUGAGAGUGCACCGGGAUGUUAGAGAUGUCAUGUUCAUGACAGAGGUUGUCCUCUCUCUUCUAAUGCAGUCUGUUAGAGAUAUUGCUAGCUGUGGGCUACCCAAGGAGAGACUGGAGAAAUUGAAGAAAACCAAGUAUGGGAUGAGAUACGGGCAGGUUUCUCUUGCUGCCGCAAUGACUCGAGUCAAGCUUGCAGCUUCACUUGGUGCUUCAAUUGUUUGGAUAUCUGGGGGAUUAACUUUGGUUCAAUCUUUGAUCAAAGAAACCUUACCUUCUUGGUUUAUAUCAGUUCAUGGAUCAGAGCAUGAAGGAACGGAAUCAGAAGAGAUGGCUGCUAUGCUGGGGGGUUAUGCCCUUGCAUACUUUGCAGUGCUUUGUGGCACAUUUGCUUGGGGUGUGGACUUGAUGUCACCAGCAUCAAAGCGACGGCCAAAGGUAUUGGGUGCCCACUUAGAAUUUCUGGCAAAUGCGCUUGAUGGGAAAAUAUCCCUUGGUUGCGUCUGGGGCACUUGGCGAGCUUAUGUGCCAGCUCUUGUGACCUUAAUGGUGGGGUGUACACCGGCAUGGAUUCCAGAGGUGGAUGUAGAAGUGUUGAAGAGGGUGAGCAAGGGAUUGAGGCAAUGGAAUGAGGAAGAACUAGCGAUCGCAUUGUUGGGACUUGGUGGGAUCCAUGCAAUGGGAGCAGCUGCUGAAGUGAUUGUUGAAAGGGGGUAAUAAUCUUUUCAUUAGUGUUUUAAGUGGUGUAGUGAUUUCAGGUGGGAAAGUUCAAUGUUUAUGGGAUAGGUGCAAGAAAUUUGACAUUCCCAACUGGUACAGUUCUCUGUAGGAUAUUACCAGAUGAUGUAAAUUUCAAACAGGAAGCAAAGAAAAUUGGUUCUGAUGGUUCUUUUAGUAUGUAAAUAGCACUGAUUUUCAUUAGACUGAGUAUUCAAAUGUGAAACAUCUCAAUGAAAAAUGAUGAAAUACCAUGCCUGGGUAACUUGGUAUCUGAA